GAGGAGGUUAAAAUUGUAGUUUCAGAAGCGGGAGUAUCCGACGGAAAGCUACCGGCAAAAGAGGGGUGAGGGUUUUUUCUUUUCAUUUUCCUAUUGGUUGGCGCUGACAAACAUUAAAAUAAACAAAUUCUCAAAAGGGAAAAGAAAAAUCUGUUAUUUGACAUUUUCAGUUGGAAUUUUGAAGAUGAUUUAUCCAUUUUUGGAUUAAAUUUGUUUCCUCAUAUCGCUCUCCUUCUUCAGUCUUCUCUUUUCCCUUUUGCAGUUUUCUGAAUAACAAACCCAUACCCAUUCCAUCUCUGAUUUUUUUCCAUUUUAAUUCUCUAUUUUCAAUCCCUUUUCAAAACCCCAUUACACGUUUCUUCCAUUUCAAUCAAUCCCCCCCCCCUUCCAUUAAUGGCUUCCGAAGCCGGUGGCGGUGGCAGUGGCGGAGGAGACGAAACCCCAUUGUUGUCUCCCAGAAGCAAAUUGAAGUUUCUUUGUAGUUAUGGCGGCAAGAUCCUCCCUCGCCCCACCGAUGGCCAUCUCAAGUAUGUUGGUGGCGAGACACGCGUCAUCGCUAUGCCACGCGAUAUCAAAUUCCCAGAUCUAAUGAAGAAACUGACUGCUCUAUUUGAUGGAGAUAUGGUCCUAAAGUAUCAGUUAGUUCCGGAAGAUCUUGAUGUUUUGGUCUCUGUAAGGUCUGAUGAGGAUUUAAAGCAUAUGCUUGAUGAAUAUGAUCGCCUUGAAAGUGAAGGAACUCCUAAGCUUCGGUGUUUCUUAUUUCCUUCAAACCCAAUUGUCAUUGAGGCUCAACCAUUCUCCUCAGAUCCCCAGCAAAUCGAGCAACGUUAUCUUGAGGCUAUUAAUGGCAUUGUACGGUCUGGCUCCUCUGCCAGUGCAAAACUCUCCCCUACUACCCCUAACCGUCCUACAUUCAGUAUUUCAUCUGCUUGUUCAUCUCCAAAAUCAUCUUCUCCAGAUGCCCAAACGGCUGAAUCUAUGGCCCAAGAAACCUUCUCUUGGAAUAACAUGAAACUUAGUCGCCCUCCUAUGCAUAAGGUCCAUAGCUCUCCUAGCCUUUGCAGUUUUAACAACCUUCAACCUCCCACCAAUAUCAUUCCGGUUAGUAAACACCAUAUUCAGCAACGCCAUUACCACUAUCAACAAAACCAGCUCCAGCAGCAGCAGCAGCAUCAUAAUGGCUACCAAUCUUCGAGAAUUCCUCCAGAGUUUAGCAGAUCUAAUGCCCCCGAAAGAGUUCCUAUGAACCUUUCACCAUCACCGCCUAUAGGUAGGUCCGACUUUGGAAGGAGUCCGAUGGGACCUAAUGUUAGCCACCACACAUCUAGUAGACAGCAAAGAGGAAUUGGAUUGUGGAAUAAAUAUGGAUACUCUGAUGAGUUUGAAGCAAAUGGUUGCGGUAGGAUCGAUAGAACAGAAAAUAAUCAAUGGAGCCCGAGAAAGCCACUUUGGGAGUAACAAAUAUACAGUUUGCCUAGUUUGUAGAUAAUUGGAAAGGACAGAAUGAAAGAUGGUGAGUAUAGUCACCUUCUGUUUGUGCUAUAUUUUGCACGAUCAUCAUAUUCUUUUAUUUGUUUCCGUGCUUUGUUUUGAACUGAAGUUUCCUACCAAGGAAAUACUUGUAUAGCUGUGUAUAGGUUUCAUAUACAAAUCUCAUAUGUUUGUGAUUUUUUAGUUUAAAAUACUUGUAAAUGGUGUUCUUCCAAACUGUUAAGAAUAUCCACUGUGUUGAUGGAAUUCAGGAUUCAAGUUCACUC